AUGGACCUUGGGCCAUCUUUGGCCAUGAUCUUACUACACAACUUUGAGAUCGUUGCUUCCAAGCCUUUGAAGAGAGGCAAGUUUAUGAAGCUUGUGGUUUAUAUGGACUUGGUGACUCUUGUGAAAGCAUCCAUUAAAGUGGAGGAUAGAGAUCAACAAGCAUGUUAUGAGUGUUCACCACAUAUACGUUGCACUUACAGUCGUAUUGGACAUAAUAGCUUCUUUUGUCCAACAAAGAAAACAAACUGUCAACAAGCUAACUAUGGAGAGACCUUCAAAAAUGAUGCUAAAAAGAUUGCUACAAUGGAACCAAUUUCUAGUGAUUGGAUGGUUUCGGAAAGCUUCGGCUUUUGA